GCGGCAGAGCCACCAGCGUGGCUGGAGCGCUGCGGUCAGGAUCUAAAGCACUCAUGCUCAGGACAUCAUCUCCCGCGGGACACGACGCAGCUCUGCGAGAGAGAGACUAAAUGGAGUGAGAAGUUCUUGAAGAAUUUGCAUGAUGAUUUGAAAAAGGCUCGCUUAGGCGCAACUUUAACGGCAGCGGGUCCACUCCGUGUGUUGAAGCCGCGUCGUCAAGUCACCAACCUUCGUCCACCAACUCCAGAAGUUGAAGCUGUGGAUGAUGAUGAAGAAGAUAAUCAUCAGCACGCGUUGCUACUCCAGAAGAUUAUAAGAGGUAGAGCAGUACAGAAUCUGAUGUUCGAAGGUCGUACUCGUGCAGCUGAACUUACAGAAGAAUUGAAGACAACUCAUGGUCUUCAGAAAGAAGAUAAAGCUCGUAUCGCUAGAGAGGAAGCGAGGGCACGAGAUCAUAUAGCAUUACGUACGGAGACUGAACAAAAGGAGGACGCAGUGACCGCUUUAGUAGACGAGUUAUGCGGAGGGGCGGUUGCUGCUGCUUUAGACUUCUUAGAGAAAGAACUACGAAGACUGAAAGAAGAAAGAAAACAUCACGCGUUUAUACUUAUUGCUUUACGUGAGAAGACGAUGCGAGAAGCAGCAGAAGCAGGUAGAAGACAGAAAGAAGAGCACAGAAGACGAGAACAUGAUGAGAUGUUCAAACGGGUUCUAGGAGUGACUCAAGAGACAGUAGACGCAUAUCUAAAAGAGAUAAUUCAAGAAGGAGUGGAACUUGCGAGUGAAGAAGAUGCAGUCAAGAUGGCGCAGAACAAAGCUGAUAAAAUCGAUGAAGUUAUGAGAAAUAAUGGAUCUAUGUCUACAGCAGAACAGAAUGAAUUAGUGGCAGAAUUAGUUCAGCAGUUCCUGCUGCCGGAGGCACACAAGGCAGCAUCACGACAUCGCAUCUCCGCGGUCCAGGAGAGUAAGAUAGAAGCUGCUAGAAGAACUAUAUUUAAACUAAUUGAUGAAUCUGCUGUGGAAAAAGACACUUGUACUCGUUGUGGCGCGUUGUUAGACGACCUGUGUCGCUGCAGACGCUGCAAGUUGGAUCUACAGCCGAUAGCUACCAUCUCACGGGAUGAUGCGAGGUGGAAGAAGGCCUUAGGUCGUCCUCGACAAUUGGAUAAAUCUUUCAAUGAAAGGAUUCCUCUUGAACACGAAUUGAGAUAUAAAUUAAAUGAUAUAGUACAUGAUGCGGUGACAAUAUCAAGAAGAAGAGGAAUUGACCUGCAAGCUCUUAAGUUAGACUUCAAACAGGAUUUGUAUGAGAAAUAUCAAGUACUUAUUGACGCGAGGCAGGCGGUUGAUGAUGCAAUAAACCGUGCGAUGGGAGUGCUGUCGCCAGCAGUCCGGCAUCCGGAGCAGCGUUACUUCAUGAUGAGGAGGAUCUCUGAUGCUCUCGGCAGGACGGAGCCGUAUCCAAAAUCAACUUGUCCAAAAGAAUUACCUUCUGAGAUCCGACGUCGUGCUGAGGAGAAAUCAACUGAUAUAACGUGCAGAUGUGAAGGUGAAGGGACUGCGAGUGAUGAGGAGUUUGUUCUCCCAGAAGAUAUAUCGACAAUGUUGCCCUCACAACUGCGAGCGUUGGAGGACCUCAAGCGAUGCAAAUGUGACUCCAAUCCAGAACAAUUUGAUGAUACGGAGAGAUCUGAUACAGCACAAGAGGGAACUGAACAGUCUUCCGAUGAAGGGGAAACAAGAUCUGAGAAAUAUUACAAUAAAAGUAUUUGAUUUGUUAGAGAAUUGUUUUGAAAUUCAAAUAUUACUUCGUGAUUG